UUGUGGACAAAGGUUGGGGUGAUAGGGGGGAUCAGGUUCCGCACCAUGAAAGCCGGUAGGAGGUACUUCUUUGGGAUAGGCUGUAGCGGGUGCUCUCCUCCCGAAAAGUCUUGGAUUGAGGUCCCACGGUCUACACUGCUCCGUUUGCGGGGCGGGGCGGGGUAGGCGUCCAAGUCGAGGGGAAACUGUAGAAGGGAAAUGGGAGUUUGUGAUCUGUGCCUCCCUGGCUGCCCCUUUUAGUGAGGCCCCCCUGAAGAGGUGCUCGGAGUCUACUUGCUGUUUGCCUAGGCUGCUGCCCCAGACUGGGUGACGGUGACUGUUGAGGCAGUAGGCGGAGCUGGGGAGGGGCCAGCUUCCACCUGCUUCAGCUGGAGUACUGUGCCCUGCAAGUGUCUCCCUCUGGAUACUACCUGGAUCCUGAGCUGUCCCUAGAAGAGCAGCGGGAAAUGCUAGAGGGCUUCUAUGAAGAGAUCAGCAAAGGACGGAAGCCCACGCUGAUCCUGCGGACCCAGCUCUCUGUGAGGGUCAGUGCUAUUUUAGAAAAAUUAUAUGGCUCCAGUGGCCCUGAGCUCCGUCGCUCCCUCUUCUCACUGAAGCAGAUCUUCCAGGAAGAUAAGGACCUGGUGCCUGAAUUCGUGCACUCAGAAGGGCUAAGUUGCCUGAUCCGUGUGGGUGCUGCUGCUGACCACAACUACCAGAGCUACAUCCUUCGAGCACUGGGCCAGCUGAUGCUUUUUGUGGACGGUAUGCUGGGGGUGGUGGCCCAUAGUGAGACGGUGCAGUGGCUGUAUACACUGUGUGCCAGCCUGUCCCGCUUGGUGGUGAAGACGGCCCUGAAGCUACUGCUGGUAUUUGUGGAAUAUUCUGAGAACAAUGCACCGCUGUUCAUCCAGGCAGUCAAUGGUGUGGCCAGCACCACAGGGGCGCUUCCCUGGGCCAAUCUGGUGUCUAUCCUGGAAGAGAAGAAUGGUGCUGACCCAGAAUUGCUGGUGUAUGCUGUCACCCUCAUCAACAAGACGCUGGCGGCACUCCCUGACCAGGACUCGUUCUACGACGUGACAGAUGCACUGGAGCAACAGGGCAUGGAGGCCCUGGUCCAGCGCCACUUGGGCACCCCGGGUACUGAUGUUGACUUGCGCACACAGCUUAUGCUCUAUGAGAGUGCCCUGCGGUUGGAGGAUGGGGACAUGGAGGAAGCUGCAGCUGCUGCAGCUGCAGGUGGGCGGAGGGAGCGACGAAAGCCCUCCUCUGAGGAGGGGAAAAAGAGCCGCCGAUCACUGGAAGGUGGGGGCUGCCCUGUGCGUGCCCCAGAACUUGGCUCCACAGGCCCAACUUCCUCCUCUGGUCCUGUCCCAUUGACAAGCUCGGCCUCCAGCCCUGUGGGCCCUGCCUCUGUUCUACUCACCUCUGUGAACCUCUUUCCUACCAUUUCUGUGGUGCCCUCAGCUGACAGCUCCUGUGAGAGGAGCAUCUACAAACUUCACCAAACUGCUCCUGUUUGGGCCCCUGAGAGCCCACCUGUCCCCCAGUCCCCUACCGGGCAGGCCAGGCUAAAAGCCCGGUUCCUGGAGAAUGUGGCAGCAGCAGAAACAGAGAAGCAGGCAGCACUAGCCCAGGGCCGGGCAGAGGCACUAUCUGGGGCCAUGAUGAAUGAGACUGAUGGGUCCUCAGGCACCCGGGAAAUGUGGGACUCCCCAGAGCCAACCUCCGUACCCAGAACACCCCUGAGCCCUGUCCCUCAAAUUCUGCUCCAGGCCCAGCGAAGCCUUGAGCCAGAGCCCAAGGAGCCACCAAUACCAACAAGCCCCAAGGCUGAACCCAUCCAGGAGCUUCCUACCCGUGUACUGAAGCUCUGCAUUGGGGACCUGGACUUCUCAGAUCUAGGGGAGGAUGAAGACCAAGAUAUAUUAAGCAUGGAGGCUGGAAAAGGGGUUCUACCUUCCUCACCCCCACUGCCCCUGCUCUCUGGAGGCCCCCCACCUCCUCCACCCCCACCUCCCCCACCCAUCACAGGUCCCUUCCCACCACCUCCACCCCUGGCUGCUCCUCUUCCUCCCUCAGCACCUGAUGGCCCGGCAUUACCCACCAAGAGGAAGACAGUAAAACUCUUCUGGCGGGAGCUAAAGCUGGUUGGGGGACAAGGGGGCUCUGGAAGCCACUUUGGGCCCUGCCCCACCCUGUGGGCCUCUCUGGAGCCUGUCUCGGUAGACACAGCCCGGCUGGAACACCUGUUUGAGUCCCGAGCCAAGGAUGUGCUGCCUUCCAAGAAAGCUGGUGAGGGCCGCCGGACAAUGACCACAGUGCUGGAUCCCAAGCGCAGCAAUGCCAUUAAUAUUGGCCUAACCACUUUGCCACCGGUGCAUGUCAUUAAGGCUGCCCUGCUCAACUUUGAUGAGUUUGCUGUCAGCAAGGAUGGCAUUGAGAAGCUACUGACCAUGAUGCCCACGGAGGAAGAGCGGCAGAAGAUAGAGGAAGCCCAGCUGGCCAACCCUGACGUACCCCUGGGCCCAGCUGAGAAUUUCCUGAUGACGCUCGCCUCCAUUGGGGGCCUGGCAGCCCGCCUACAACUCUGGGCUUUCAAACUGGACUAUGACAGCAUGGAGCGGGAAAUUGCAGAGCCACUGUUUGACCUGAAAGUGGGCAUGGAACAGCUGGUGCAGAAUGCCACUUUCCGCUGCAUCCUGGCUACCCUGCUGGCUGUGGGCAACUUCCUCAAUGGCUCCCAGAGCAGUGGCUUUGAGCUGAGCUACCUGGAGAAGGUGUCAGAGGUGAAGGACACAGUGCGCCGCCAGUCACUGCUAUACCAUCUCUGCUUCCUGGUGCUCCAGACCCAGCCUGACUCCUCCGACCUCUACUCAGAAAUUCCUGCCCUGACCCGCUGUGCCAAGGUGGACUUUGAGCAGCUGACCGAGAACCUGGGGCAGCUGGAAUGCCGGACCCAUGCAGCUGAGGAAAGCCUGCAGAGUUUGGCCAAGCAUGAGCUAGCUCCAGCUCUGCGUAACCGCCUGAUCCACUUCCGGACCCAGUGUGCCCGCCGUGUUGCUAUGCUGAAGGUAGUGCACCGCAGAGUCUGCAACAGGUUCUUUGCCUUCCUGCUCUACCUGGGCUACACGGCACAGGCAGCCCGGGAAGUGCGCAUCAUGCAGUUCUGCCACAUACUGAGAGAGUUUGCGCUCGAGUAUCGGACUUGCCGGGAACGGGUAUUACAGCAGCAGCAGAAGCGGGCCACAUACCGUGAACGCAACAAGACCCGAGGACGCAUGAUCACAGAGACAGAGAAGUUCUCAGGCGUAGCUGGGGAAGUCCCCAGCAAGCCAUCUGUCCCAAUGGCUGUGGGCAGCGGGCCAGGCCGGGGUGAUGCAGAAAGUCAUGCCAGUAUGAGGAGUCUGCUGACCAGCAGGCCUGAGGAUACUACACAUGGCCGCCGCAGCAGAGGUAUGGUUCAGAGCAGCUCUCCAAUCACACACACAGAAGUGGGGCUCUCCACUGCACCCCCUGAGGAGCCCCCAGGCUCCAGUUCACCCAGUGACACAUCAGAUGAGAUCAUGGACCUGCUGGUACAGUCAGUGACCAAGAGCAGUCCUCGAGCCUCAGCUGCUAGGGAAAGGAAGCGUUCCCGUGGCAACCGCAAGUCUUUGAGACGAACACUGAAGAGUGGGCUUGGAGAUGACCUGGUGCAGGCACUGGGACUGAGCAAGGCUCCUGGCCUGGAGGUGUGAAGGUGCUGCCUCCGAGACAUCUGUCUGGACCCCAGCCUGCAGUGCAAGAGAUUAAAGUGAAGAAGGCCCAGAGAGCAGAAUUCUGGUCCCAGACCCUGGGCCCACAGCCAGUGCCUUACAGUAUUAGGGUGUGUGUGUGUGUGUGUGUGUGUGUACACAUGUACAUGUGUGUGUGUAUGUGUGUGUGUGUGUGUACAUGUACAUGUGUGUGUGUGUGUGUGUGAGCUCCAUACUCAAGAAGGAGCAAAAUAAAGUUUUCGUA